CUCCCCCAUCGUGUGCCUUUCUGUCCUUUUCGAUGGGAUUGGGAGCCUCUAACCCACUAGCGGCUGAGAUGCCUGUCUCCCUAAGGUUGUUGUCUUCGUCGUCCCUCCGACCCUUCUUCCUGCUCAGCAUCUCACUUUUGACCUAUUUCCUGCUGGAUCUCUGGCACCCUCGCUUCCUCCCCGACGUUUCAGCAUCACCCCCUGAGGAACCACACUCUGACAGUGAGGGUGCGGGGUCAGGCGCCCAGCCGCACCUGCUGAGUGUGCCCGAGUUGUGCAGAUACCUGGCUGAGAGCUGGCUCACCUUCCAGAUUCACCUGCAAGAGCUGUUGCAGUACAAGAGGCAGAAUCCAGCUCAGUUUUGUGCUCGAGUCUGUUCUGGCUGUGCUGUGCUAGCUGUGUUGGGACACUAUGUUCCAGGGAUUAUGAUUUCCUACAUUGUCUUGCUGAGUAUCCUGUUGUGGCCCCUGGUGGUUUAUCAUGAACUGAUCCAGAGGAUGUACACUCGCCUGGAGCCCUUGCUCAUGCAGUUGGACUACAGCAUGAAGGCAGAAGCCGAUGCCCUGCACCACAAACAUGACAAGAGGAAGCGGCAAGGGAAGAAUGCAUUACCCGCAGGUGAUGAGCCACUUGCUGAAACAGAGAGUGAAAGCGAGGCAGAGCUGGCUGGCUUCUCUCCAGUGGUGAGGUCCAAGGAAGAUGGGGUGUCAAAUAGAAGACUAAAGGGAAGCUGGGUGGAUGUGAAGAAAACAGCCCUGGCCUUAGCUAUUACAGACUCAGAGCUGUCAGAUGAGGAGGCCUCUAUCUUAGAGAGCGGCGGCUUCUCUGUGUCUCGGGCCACCACUCCACAACUGACAGAUGUUUCUGAGGAUUUGGACCAGCAGAGCCUACCAAGUGAGCCAGAAGAGGCUCUGAGCAGAGAACUUGGGGAGGGGGAAGAGACAGAGCUGGCCCCUCCUGAAGACCUGCUAAAUGCUCCUCCAGCCUUCUCAAAGCAAGCCCUGGAUACAGAAGAAGAAGCUAUAGCCAAGGAAACCUUGCUUCAGCUCUCAUCCCCUCUUCACUUUGUGAAUACGCACUUCAAUGGGGCAGGGUCCCCCCAGGAUGGAGUGAAGUGCUCUCCUGGAGGACCAGUGAAGACCCUGAGCCCAGAGGCAGUGAGUGGUGACCUAAUGGCUGCACCCAGCACCCUCUCACCCCCACUUUGCCUGGCUGAAAGUGGUCCAGUUACCCUCCUUUCCCCCUCUGUGCUCCCAUCCCUUCCCCAGGACUCACCUCAACCCCUGGCUGCCCCUGAGGAGGAAGAGGCAGUCACCACUGAGGACUUUGAGUUGCUGGAUCAGGGAGAGCUGGAGCAACUGAAUGCAGAGCUGGGCUUGGGACCAGAGAUGCCCCCAAAGCCCCCGGAUGCUCUGCCUCCUCCUCCCCUGGGGCCAGACAGCCAUUCUCUGGUACAGUCAGACCAAGAGGCUCAUACAGUGGUUGAGCCAUGAGCCAUGGCAGAAUGAGCUGCAGGCAUAGCAGGGCUUCCUGACUAAAGGGUGUCACAUUUUCUCCUUUCCCUGCCACUCUGGGGAGAGGCACUAUGUGGAGAAGCUGGCUGUCAGAUGGAAGCCAGCCCAUUCUCUGCCUGCUUGCCUGCCUGCCUGCCUGCCUGCUGUCCUGGGAUCUGGUAUAGUACCUGUGCCUAGGAUUGGUUUUCAGUUUGUAAAUAAUUUUCCAUUUGGUUAGUGGAUGUGAUUGGGGCUAGGGAAGUCCUUCCAUAGCCUGCACUUGCUUCCCUGCCUCAUCUCUUUUUACUCUACUGUGUCCCCAGCCCUGGCGGUCUACCCUUUCUUUUUCUUCCUAUCCUCAGGGACCUGUGCUGCUGUGCCCUCAUGUCCCACUUGGUUGUUUAGUUCAGGCACUUUAUCGUUUUCUCUACUGUCCUACACUCCCCUUGGCUUUAUUUCCCUGCCAUGUCCUGUCCUUAGCAGUGUGAUCCCCACUCUUUGCCAACUCCUCCUCCACAGGCAUUGGCCAAGUUUUAGGGUAGGUCCUCUUCUAAGAAAGAAUAAACCUGGAGUGGUGUCAGGCCAGUAGUGCUGCACUUAGGUCACUGUCGCCUCAGACCUGCACUGUACCCUUGCCCAGUUCAACCCUCAUGGUGCAGGGCAGCAGGGUCCCAUAGCACUUUGCCAGCACUGGGGUUGAGGAGCAUUCCCUCCCUCUCUCUCUUUCUGAGGUGAGGGGCUUCCCUACCAUCUUAAAACCUACUCUUCUGGACCGCAGUUGAGACUCCCUGCUAGGGUCUGAAGUGGAUAGUACCAUCUGUGUAGGUGAUAACUGGAGAAAUAAAGUGUUGAUUGGCUAGAACUCUUGCCUGUCUGUCUGCCUGUCUUACUGCUCCUACACUGUGCACUUUGUCUCUCCUCACCCUUAUGCCCUUCAUCCCAGGACUGCCCGGGGUUAUUUUCCUUGGUGUAAAACAAAACCAGAAGCAGGGAUUAUCCAGACAACCCUGCCAGCUCAACCAUCUUCCUUGAAUGUGUGGUAUGUAGCAGGACUUAGCAUGUGUGAAUAAAUUACAUGCAGGAGGAAA